UUAUGUGUCAGCUGGAGUCUGCCUGUUGAAAAGACAUCGAACAAACCUAACUGUUAAAACUACAGCUGAGGUUCAGAGGAAAGACUUUUUCAGCUAAAAGAAGGAGCAGUGCGAUGUCUCAGCUGGAGCUUGUGCUCAGGUCGGUGAUCGAUCUCUUCAGGAAGUAUGCAGAGCUGGAAGGAGACAGGACCAAGCUGAGCCGUGGAGAGCUGCAGAGGCUGCUGCAGGCAGAGCUGACCGGCCCGCUGGGUAAAGGCAUCGGCACCGGUUUCGUGGACGAGCUUCUGCGCAUGCUGGACACCAAUCAAGACGGGGAGGUGGACCUGAAGGAAUUCGGGGGCCUGAUCGGGAUCAUGGCGAUGGGGUACAGCGGCAAGGGGAAAUGGGGGUGCACACAUACUCAAUGAGACCCCCAGAAAGAGGGGUGCAAGCCUGGGAGGGGAGGGGGGGAGGCGAUGGGGCACAGCGGGAUAGAGAAAGAGGGGUGUAUCCUAAUACCCAGUACAAUUGAGAAUCCCCCACUGUCGGACCUGCUCUGCACAGACUGGAGAUUUCUGACUGGAAGCCAUCUGGUGAUCUGUCAGCCCAGAUGAAGCAGGAGUGCGUCGCGCAGCUGGGGUGAGAUAGGAAGGGGACUCUGAUAGCACGCAGCUGCUGUGCUGCACCUCCUGCAGAAGUCGCUUGAUUGUUUUUAAUGGAGAAUUUGCAGCUGCUUGCUUUUCGAUGUGUCAAAAUGUGUGAAAAAUAAAGACUCUGUUGGUGA